UGUUCGCCCAUGGGCAGCACUGUUCCGGUAAACACGCGCGGUACACCGCCGUUUUAUCCACCUAAAUACGCAAAAAAACAGCACUUUGCGGCAACUUGGCGCGAUUUGCAGUUUGGUUUAGCUAGCCCCCUCCAAGCCAACCGCCAGCGACGGCCAUGCUGGCCAAUCUGCGCUCCUGCAGCGGCCACCUGUUGCAUCACAGCCUCCGAAAUGCCAGAAUUCCACGACGCAGCUGGGCGAGCACGACGGCUGGAAAGGAUCAGCCGGCGGAGGACAGCCUGACCAUUGGCGAUGUGAGCGUGCGGCUGCGCAAGCCAAAGGAUCCGCAGCUGGUGCCUCAGCAGUACGUGAAAUACGCCGAGGAUGGCAGCCUUCAGCUGUCGCAAUCGGCACUGCACCACCUGCGCUGGAUGCUGCAGAAGGAUGCGCUGCGCCAGGACAUGUUCCUACUGGGACAACCGGGUCCCCUGCGCCGCCAGCUGGCCAUGCAGUUCCUAGAGCUGACGCAGCGCGAGGUGGAGUACGUGGCCCUGAGUCGGGACACCACCGAGAGCGAUCUGAAGCAGCGACGUGAGAUCCACGACAGGGCGGCCAUCUUCCACGAUCAGGGGGCCGUACGAGCGGCGCUCAAUGGUCGUGUCCUGGUCCUCGAUGGAGUGGAGCACGCGGAACGCAAUGUGCUGCCCAUACUAAACAAUCUGCUGGAGAAUCGCGAGAUGCACCUGGAGAGCGGCAAGUUCCUCAUGUCGCCGGAGCGUUACGACAAGCUCCUAGAGAAACACUCGCGGGAGCAGCUGGACGAAUGGGGUCUGCUACGCGUAUCGGAGCAAUUUCGGGUGGUGGCCUUGGGUCUGCCCACCCACAAGUACAAGGGCACGCCACUGGAUCCGCCGCUGCGCUCCCGCUUCCAGUCCCGCAAUGUGACCACAUAUUCCUACGGCGAGCUGUACGAGGAACUGCAGCAGGAGGCGCCUUCUGUGCCCGGCGAGCAGCUGAAGCAGCUGCUCACAUUCGCCUUGACCCUGCAGCAGGCGGAUCCGGCGCUCCAACUGCCCGACUUUCCCAUCCACAACCUAGCAUUGGGUGUCAAGAUGCUGCAGGCUAAUCCCUCGCUGAGUCUGCACGAUGUCAUCAGUCGCAUUUAUCCAUACCAAGCCAUGCUGAAGCCCGACCAGAAGAAGCGCGUCGAGGAGCUACUCAAGAAGCUGGAUAUCCAACUGGUGCCCAGUCCAAGCAUUAAGAAAAUCGAGAGUCAGAGCCAGGAAGACAACCGGAUCCACAUAAAACUGGACGCACUGCAGCUAAAUCUGCCUGGAGGUCAGACUCCACCGGCUGCUAGCAACUUUGUGGAUUUACCGCAUCAGAGGCAAGCACUCGCCAGUCUGCUGCAAGCCUACGCUGUGGGGGAUGUGUGUCUCGUGGGCGAGAAGGGUGUCGGCAAGCUGACCCUGACCCAGGAGCUCCUCCGCCUGCUGCAGCAAACCUCAGAGCCCAUGAUGCUGUACGAGGACAUGACCAGCAGGGAUAUCGUCCAGCAGCGUAUCACGAGUCCCCAAGGGGACACCGUGUGGAGGGAUUCACCGCUGGUGCGAGCCGCCAAAUCAGGAUCCGUGGCGGUUCUCAAUGGACUGCAUCGCCUACACAAGAGCACCGCCAGCGUUUUGCAGCGCCUCAUCCACGAUCGCGAACUGCAGCUGUGUGAUGGCACCACCCUGCUGGGAGCAAAUCGCUAUCAGGCACUGCUCCAGCAGGGAUUCUCCAAGGAAGAGCUGGGUAAACUCGGUUUCCUGCCCAUGCAUGAGUCCUUCCGCGUGGUGGCUUUGGCGGAACCUCCGCGUCUUGGCGGCGGACAACCCAGCUGGCUGACACCCGAGCUGCUCAGCCUGUUCCUCUACCAGGAACUGCGUCCCUUGCGCCACAGCGAAGAGGAGGAACUGCUGGCGCAGCUGUGCGGCGGAGAUCUACCUGCGGGCAUGGAGCCACUGCUGAAACUGGCCCAACUGCUGAGAUCUUCACAGGAGCCGCUGCUCCAGGGACUGGCGGGCACCCUCUCCCCCCGGCAACUACUGAAAUUGGCCCGCCGUUUGGCAGCCUAUCCGGAGAGUGAGCUCAGCGAUGUGCACGAAAUGCUGCAGAACACUUUCCUGGCCAGAUUUAUGCCGGCCCUGUCGCGGGGUGCCUUGGAACAGGCCAUCCAACAGGUGGGCAUCAAGCCGCGUGGGAAUAGGGCGACAAACAAAAAAAAUCGAAUUGCUGUGGAGGAGAACUCGCUGCGCAUCGGCUCCACACGCUGGCCACUGGGCAAUCCGACGCAGGCGCAGCUAUCCAAGGUGCCCCACACCUUGUUCUACGAGAUGCCGCAGCAUGUCCAGCUGCUGGAGCGUCUGCUGCAGGACUACCUCAUCGGCGAGCACCUCCUUCUGGUUGGCAACCAGGGAGUUGGCAAGAAUAAGCUGGUGGACCGCCUGCUGGAACUGAUGCAGCGUCCUCGAGAGUACAUCCAGCUGCAUCGCGACACCACGGUGCACAGUCUGACGCUCCAGGCGACGCUGAAGGAUGGCCAGGUGUCGUACGAGGACAGCGCCCUGGUCCAAGCUGUACGAACUGGUCAUGUUCUUGUCGUGGACGAGGCGGAUAAGGCGCCAGUAAAUGUCACCUGCAUACUGCGAACUCUGGUCGAGAGUGGCGAGAUGGUGCUGGCCGAUGGGCGGAGGAUUGUGCCGCCGGGAGAAGGCGGUAGGGUGCCCAACUCGAUUGAAACCCAUCCCGAUUUCCGGCUAAUAGUUCUGGCCAAUCGUCCGGGUUUCCCCUUCCUGGGUAACGACUUCUUUGCCGCCCUGGGCGAUGUCUUCAGCUGCCACGCCAUCAGCAAUCCCGAUCCGGAUUCCGAGAUCUUCCUACUGCAACAGUAUGGACCCAAGGUGCCCAUCAAAACGCUACGCACCCUGGUUAAUGCGUUCGGUGAACUGCGAACUCUCGCUGACGAGGGAAUGCUCAACUAUCCGUACUCCACACGAGAGGUGGUGAGCAUUGUGAAGCAUCUGCAACGCUAUCCGGAGGAGAACAUGUCCGAGGUGGUGGGCAAUGUGCUGGACUUCGAUCGCUAUCAACCGGAGGCACUGCAGCAGGUCACCCAAGUGUUGGCCAAGCACGGCAUCGAGUCCUACGCCGAGGAGGAGAUCCAGGCCAUAAGGAAGCAGAAGAUCCUGCAGGCGUCCGUGAAUCGGCACAGUGGACUGGGCGUCUCCGGUCCAAAGUUCGGCAAGCUGGAUCCCAAGAACGAACCGCAUGUCGGCGGCAACACGUGGGCUGGUGGCAGUGGUGGUCGUGACACCGCCGGACUGGGCGGCAAGGGUGGCCCGUUCCGCCUGGACAAGGGCCACAAGGUUCAUCAGCUGAGCGACGAGGAGAAGGCCGAUGUGCCCGAGGAGAUCAAGCGGGCAGCGCGCGAAAUGAACCGCAAGGCGUUCGAGGACAAGCUCAAGGAGAUCAAGAUGUCCGCCCACGACCACAAGCUGUAUGCGCAGUUCAGCGAACCCAAUCGCAAGCAGGUGCAGCAACUGAAGGCCGUCCUGGAGGCCAUGCAAACGAAGAGCAAGGAGCGCCAGUGGCAGAAGUAUCAAACCCACGGCGAUCUGGAUGACACGCGGCUGGUGGAGGGCAUCACCGGCGAAAAGAACAUCUAUAGGCGACGGGCGGAGGCCAAUCCCUGGGCUGAUCAUGUCCAGGAGAAGCCCAAUCGACUCAAGCUGGUCGUGGAUGUAUCAGGUUCGAUGUACAGGUUCAAUGGCUACGAUGGACGGCUGGACCGUCAGCUGGAGGCCGUGGUCAUGGUGAUGGAGGCCUUUGAGGGCUUCGAGAAGAAGAUCGUCUACGACAUCAUCGGCCACAGCGGCGAGGGCUGGGAGAUUCCGUUCGUGACCGCGGGCAGUCCGCCGAAGAACGACAAGGAGCGAUUCGAGGCCAUCCGGAUGAUGCACGCCCACUCGCAGUUCUGCUGGUCCGGCGACUCCACGGUGAAGGCGGCGCGGGAGGCCUGUUCCACGCUGGGUGCGGAGCAGGACUAUGACAACGCCAUCGUUGUGGUCCUCAGCGAUGCCAAUCUGCAGCGCUACGGCAUCGCCCCCAAGGAUCUGGCUGUGGCCCUCAAGCGGGGCGAGCCGAAGGUCAAGGGCUAUGCCAUCUUCAUUGGCAGUCUGGCCGAGGAGGCGGAUGACAUCAAUGCGGAAAUGCCGGCUGGUCAGAGCUUUGUGUGCAUGGACCUCACCAAGCUACCUCACAUCCUGCAGCAGAUCUUCACCUCGUCGCUGCUUUAGUGCAAUUUCUAGGAUUACGUUUAUGUUGAACACAGUGUUGAUAAUUCCAAUUAUAGUUAAGCCUAAAUUGAGUCUAUAAUAAA